AAGUAUCGAGCAACUACCAUUUAUCGGACCAAGCACCUCGUACCCCUCUUCGUCCGCCAUUGGUCCGCCCUAACCGCAUUAAACAACACAAUUACCUCUUCCCCCCUUCCCAUACCCAUACAACUUCUCAAAGUCAACAACGCUCAAACAAUGGUUCAGCUCUCCGUAAUCCAACAAAGCAACGCCCAAAUCGACCAAUCCCACGCACCGCGCACAGCGGUGUUCAUGGGCGGGACGUCCGGCAUCGGCAAGAUUACUCUCCAGGAGAUCGCGGAAUUGGGAUUUGAUUUCACAGCAUACGUCAUUGGCAGAAAGGAGACGAAGGAAAGAUACGAACCGUUUAUCAAAGAGGUCGAGGGCGCGAACCCAAAGACGAAGAUCGUGUGGGUGGAGGGCGAGAUUUCGCUGUUGGCGGAGGUGAAGAGGGUAUGUGAUUAUAUCAAGACGGUGGAGUCUAGGAUUGAUUUGUUGUUUUUGACGGCGGGGUAUUCGCCCUUGGGAGGGAGGGAUGAAACGGCAGAGGGAUUGGAUACCAGUCAAGCGUUGCAGUACUACUCCCGGAUGUGCUUUGUUCAGAAUCUGCUUCCGCAGCUGAGGGCAUCAGGUAUGGCGCGUGUCGUCACUGUCCGUCAUGCUGGGGGAGAACGCGCAAACAUGUUGGACGUGAAUGACUUGAAUCUGGAGAAACCGAGUAGGCUUUUCGCGAUUUGGAUGACGUUCCACGUAGGUAUCAUGAACACACUAUUUCUGGAAAGUCUCGCGGAGAAAAAGGAGAAUGAGAAUAUUGUCUUCAUUCACAGCCAUCCUGGUGCUGUUAGAACUGGGAACGUGUAUCGUGGAUGGAAGGGAUGGUCUUUGGGAAUGUACUUCGCUACUUACGUCAUGGAUCCGAUCAUGAUGCUUGUUCAGUUUAGCUUGAAGGAGUCUGCGGAACGGUAUCUGUAUGUUGUGACGAGUGGAACAUUUGGUGGGAGGGGACCUAAAAUAGCUGGUGUUGAAGGCCGAACAACAAGAGGUCGGGCUGAUGGAGGACUGUUUCUUUCUGGGAAGAACUGCGACACAGUUACGAAUGAAGUGGAGAUAGCGAAACUUCGUGGCAGUGCCCAAGAUGCUGUUUGGAUCAAGACACAAGAGAUCAUUGGACCAUAUGUUUAA